GGCAAUCCCAUUCGUUGGACUUCGUGUUACGAGCCGGGAGCAAAACAUAACCUUUUAUUUUGCUGUCAUCUUCUCACUCAUAAGAAUAAUAAGGAUAAAUGUGUUUUUCGUAACAAAAAUGUCGAAGCCAGAAGUGGAUAAUGAUGCCAGUGAAGUGCAAAAUUUGACUGAAGACAAAAGUAUCAAUUUGAGUACGUACAGAAAACUUGUGAAAUCCUAUAUCGACUUGCAUCUUUACAAUGCAGCUCUGUUUUGGGCUGACAAAGUCGUGUCGUUGAGUAAUGAUGAUCCUAAGGAUGUUUGUACAUUGGCACAAUGCAUGUAUUUGAUGAAACAAUAUCAUCGGGCUGCUCAUCUCAUCAGGAGUAAAGGAUUAGAAAAGACCGAUCUCAUGUGCCACUAUUUAACUGUUCGAAGUUUAUUGGAAGCAAAGGAGUUCAACGAAGCAUUACAAGUGAUCAAUGAAUUGGAAAUUUGCAGUAACAUAUCGCAGUCUGGAGUCAGUUUCAUGGCACAUCCCAAUAUUCUCCAGGAUGCGCCGAAGAAUGUGCAAAGCGCAAUUCUCUACGUCAAAGGAAGAGUUUACGAAGCCACUGAUAAUAGAACUGUUGCCACAGAUUGUUACAAACAAGCCCUACAUUGCGAUGUUUAUUCGUAUCAAGCAUUUGAGGCCCUAGUGCAAAAUCAAAUGCUCUCGGCUGCUGAAGAAAGGGAAUUACUGGAGUCUUUGCCGUUUAAUGAACAAUGUUCAGAAGCAGAUAGAGAACUGUUGAGAUUACUUUAUGAGAGUAAAUUGAAAAAAUAUCAAGAACCUACGGAAGAUAUUUCAUUGGCCUCUUGCAAUGUUAAAAGUGUUCUCAUUAAUGGAAAUCUUGAUAUGCAAGUUGCCAAAGCCGAACGGUUGUACUAUAACUGCGAUUAUCAUCAGUGUUUCAAUCUCACAGAGAAAAUUUUGAAGAAGGAUCCGUAUCACAGUUCUUGUUUACCAGUUCACAUAGCUUGCCUGGUGGAAUUGAAGAAGACAACUGCGUUAUUUUACCUCGCACAUAAACUUGUCGAUUUGUAUCCCGAUAUGGCACUCGCUUGGUUCGCGGUUGGGUGUUACUAUUUUGGAAUAGGUAAGAGUGACCAUGCACGAAGAUAUUUAGCGAAAGCAACGGCUCUUGAUCGUUUAUUUGGUCCAGCCUGGUUGGCUUAUGGUCAUUCCUUUGCCGUUGAAAAUGAACACGAUCAGGCGAUGGCUGCGUAUUUCAAAGCUUCACAAUUGAUGAAGGGCUGUCAUUUACCACUUUUAUACAUUGGACUGGAGUGCGGGCUGACGAAUAAUCUCAAAUUAGCUGACAAAUUCUUCCAGCAGGCACAAACUAUUGCGCCUAAUGAUCCCUUUGUUAUCCACGAGACUGGAGUGAUAUCUUUCUACAACAUUGAUUAUAAAACAGCAGAAAAACAAUUCAAGGAGGCGAUGAAGAGAAUUCAGAACGGACUGAAAGAUGUGAUUCUACCCAGCAAAUGGGAGGCGUUGUUGAACAACUUGGGACAUACUUGCAGGAAACUGAAAAAAUAUGAAGAGGCCCUCGACUACCACCAACAGGCUUUAGUACUCAAUCCACUGAAUCCAUCGACCUAUUCGUCUAUUGGUUUCAUUCAUGCGCUAAUUGGAAAUACUCAGGAAGCUGUGGAUGCGUUUCACCGGGCCCUUGGACUCAGGCGAGACGAUACAUUUACGACAACAAUGCUCGGAUAUGUUAUGGAGCAACUCAUUGACGAAAUUCCCCCCUAUCUUGAUGCCCCCGCGGAAAUGCCAAAGUAUAAAUUCUCCGAGUCUCGAGUCACCCCGCAAGCCUCUGAAAGCUCAGACAAUCAGGGAGCUGGACCUGCUGGUGCUCAGGAUCAGGAGAUCAAUAAAUUGCGAGUGAAUUUGUUCUCUCGUUGGGGCGAAGACUCGGGAAAAACCGAUGAAAAUACCACAGAUAAAAGCGAAAAUCGAUCUCACGAAGUUGUGAAUUAUUCUACUGGUGAUAUGAGUUCUGAAGUGGAAAUGCUGGAUUCAUCGACAGCUCAUAUAGAAUAUAAUUAAGAUAAAUAAAGCGCCUUGAUUGUUUGAUCUAUA